CGGACCCCGGGAAGAAAAGAACAUGGCUCCUGCGGCAGAGGGCAGCGCCGCUCCGGGGCGCGCGGGGCGCCAGUGACCGCGAUGGUGAACUCCAACCGCGUGCAGCCGCAGCCGCCCGGGGAUGCCAAGCGCUCGCCCGCACCGCGAGCUCCCGGGUCAGGCCGGCUGGCUGCAGGAGGCGCGGCUGGGGGCGCCGGCCUGGCCGUCCCGGGAGGCCUCCGGGAGCAGCGGGGCCUGGAGAUCGAGAUGGAGCGCAUCCGGCAGGCGGCUGCGCGGGACCCCCCGGCCGGAGCCUCGGCCUCCCCUUCUCCUCCGCUCUCGUCGUGCUCCAGGCAGGCGUGGAGCCGCGAUAACCCGGGCUUCGAGGCCGAGGAGGACGACGACGACGACGAGGUGGAAGGGGAGGAAGGAGGGAUGGUGGUGGAGAUGGACGUGGAGUGGCGCCCGGGCAGCCGCAGGUCGACCUCCUCCUCGGCUGUGAGCUCGGCGGGCGCCCGCGGCCGGGCGCUGGGGAGUUACCGGGGCGCCGGGCACCCGAGCGGGAGGAGGCGCCGGCUAGAGGACCAGGGCGCGCCGUGUCCUAGCCCCGCAGGCGGCGGGGACCCGCUCCAUCGCCACCUCCCCCUGGACGGGCAGCCGCCCCGAGUGGCUUGGGCCGAGAGGCUGGUGCGCGGGCUGCGAGGUCUCUGGGGAACAAGACUCAUGGAAGAGAGCAACACUAACCGAGAGAAAUAUCUGAAAAGUGUGUUACGGGAACUGGUCACGUACCUCCUUUUUCUCAUAGUCUUGUGCAUCUUGACCUAUGGCAUGAUGAGUUCCAAUGUGUACUACUACACGCGGACAUUGUCACAGCUUUUCAUAGACACCCCAGUGUCUAAAACAGAGAAGACUAACUUUAAAACUCUUUCUUCGAUGGAGGACUUCUGGAAGUUCACAGAAGGCGCCUUCCUGGAUGGGCUGUACUGGAAGGCACAGACUGGGAACCACACACUAGCUGAUAACCGAAGCUUCAUUUUCUAUGAGAACCUGCUGCUCGGAGUGCCUCGUCUACGCCAACUCAGAGUCAGAAACGGAUCCUGCUCCAUUCCUCAGGACUUGAGAGAUGAAAUUAAAGAGUGCUAUGAUGUCUACUCUGUCAGCAGUGAGGACAGGGCUCCAUUUGGACCGCGAAACGGAACUGCGUGGGUCUACACGAGUGAAAAGGACUUGAAUGGGAGUAGCCACUGGGGAAUCAUUGCCACGUACAGUGGAGCGGGCUAUUACUUGGAUCUUUCCAGAACCAGGGAGGAAACGGCUGCUCAGAUUGCUGGCCUCAGGAGAAACUUCUGGCUGGACCGGGGGACCCGAGCGACUUUCAUUGACUUUUCAGUGUACAACGCGAACAUUAACCUGUUCUGUGUGGUCAGGUUAUUGGUUGAAUUCCCAGCCACAGGUGGCGUGGUGCCCUCUUGGCAGUUCCAGCCUGUAAAAUUGAUCCGCUACGUCACAGCUUUUGAUUUCUUCCUGGCAGCCUGUGAGAUUAUCUUCUGUUUCUUUAUCCUUUACUAUGUGGUGGAAGAGAUACUGGAGAUUCGGAUUCACAGACUACACUAUUUCAGGAGUUUCUGGAAUUGUCUGGAUGUUGUGAUUGUUGUGUUAUCCGUAGUAGCUGUGGUAGUUAACAUUUACCGACUGUCAAAUGGAGAGGGUCUGCUGCAGUUUCUCGAAGAUCGAAGCACUUUCCCCAACUUCGAGCAUGUGGCAUACUGGCAAAUACAGUUCAACAAUAUAGCUGCUGUCAUGGUGUUUUUGGUCUGGAUCAAGCUCUUCAAAUUCAUCAACUUUAACAGGACCAUGAGCCAGCUCUCCACAACCAUGUCCAGAUGUGCCAAAGACCUCUUUGGUUUCACCAUUAUGUUCUUCAUUAUUUUCUUGGCCUAUGCUCAGCUGGCAUACCUUGUCUUUGGCACUCAAGUUGAUGACUUCAGUACUUUCCAAGAAUGUAUCUUCACUCAGUUCCGCAUCAUUUUGGGUGAUAUCAACUUCGCAGAGAUUGAGGAAGCUAACCGAGUUUUGGGACCACUUUAUUUCACUACAUUUGUGUUCUUUAUGUUCUUCAUUCUUUUGAACAUGUUUUUGGCCAUCAUCAAUGAUACUUACUCGGAAGUGAAAUCGGAUCUGGCCCAGCAGAAGGCAGAAAUGGAACUCUCAGACCUUAUCAGAAAGGGCUACCAAAAAGCAUUGGUCAAACUAAAACUUAAAAGAAAUACUGUAGAUGACAUUUCAGAGAGUCUACGGCAAGGUGGGGGCAAGUUAAACUUUGAUGAGCUUCGACAGGACCUGAAAGGGAAAGGCCAUACGGAUGCAGAAAUUGAGGCCAUAUUCACUAAAUAUGACCAGGAUGGUGAUCAGGAACUGACAGAACGUGAGCAUCAACAAAUGAGAGAUGACUUGGAAAAAGAGAGGGAGGACCUGGACUUGGAACAUAGCUCUUUACCUCGUCCCAUGAGCAGCAGAAGUUUCCCAAGAAGCCUGGAUGACUCUGAGGAGGAGGAUGACGAAGACAGUGGACAUAGCUCCAGGAGAAGGGGCAGCAUCUCCAGCGGGGUUUCCUAUGAAGAGUUCCAGGUACUGGUGAGACGUGUGGACCGCAUGGAGCACUCCAUAGGCAGCAUCGUGUCCAAGAUUGAUGCUGUCAUUGUCAAGCUUGAGAUCAUGGAGCGGGCCAAGCUGAAGAGGCGAGAGGUGUUAGGACGGCUGCUGGAUGGGGUGGCUGAGGAUGAGAGGCUGGGUCGUGACAGUGAGAUCCACAGGGAGCAGAUGGAGCGCCUGGUACGGGAAGAGUUGGAGCGCUGGGAAUCGGAUGAUGCAGCAUCCCAGACAGGUCAUGGUCUAGGCACACAAAUGGGACUCAACGGUCAGCCUCACCCCAGAAGUUCCCGGCCUCCUUCCUCCCAGUCUGCAGAGGGCCUGGAAGGUGGAGGUGGAAAUGGAAGUGCCAAUGCCCAUGUGUAAUAAUCCACGAGUGUUUGUAUGUGUGUUCCCGAGAUCCCAAGAGGUGGGUGUCAGGUAGGACAAUGGCAGUUAUGGUAUUUAUACGCCCGGCUACGUGAUGAUGCUGGUCUUUGUGACCAAUUGUUAUAGUUUUCUGCACUUUUAAUUUAUUUUACGUAAACUUUACCCAUGAUUCAAGGAAGAUUGUUUUACUUUUUCUCAUAUGAGAAAUCUAGAUGUAAAUACUGAGUUCAGAAGACAAAAAAACAAACAAACAAAAAAACAAAAAA